UAUUGGGUGAAAUUAACUUUUGGGUUUGCACAGAAAAUGAAAGAGAAAGUGUAGUCAAAAUGAGAGUUGGAUUCCUAUUGUCAUCCUCUUCAACCCUCUCGUCAGUAAUAGGAUCCUCCAUAUCUCGUUCCAUCGUACGGCCUGCACCCUCACAACACCUGCUCCAUCGUCCCUUUCACUUCAUCCCAAAUCGUACAACCAGUAACAGCAGCCAAUUUUCAAGACGUACAACCGUCACUGCAUCAAUGGCUUUCAAGCCCGAAGAAGCUAGGGUUCCUCCCGCUCUCCAAUUGCCCUCUCCUCCCAUCACUAAGUUUAAGAUUGGGCUAUGUCAAUUAGCGGUGACGGCAGAUAAGGAAAGGAAUAUUGUUCAUGCGCGAACAGCAAUUGAGGAGGCUGCUGAGAAGGGGGCUAAGCUUGUUGUUUUGCCUGAAAUAUGGAAUAGUCCAUAUUCAAAUGAUAGCUUCCCAAUUUAUGCGGAAGACAUUGAUGCUGGCCCUGAUGCAUCUCCGUCAACUGCCAUGCUCUCUGAAGUAGCUCGGCUUCUGAAGAUUACAAUAGUGGGAGGCUCUAUACCUGAACGCAGUGGGGACAAGUUGUACAAUACUUGCUGCGUCUUUGAUGCCGAAGGAAAGUUGAAAGCUAAGCACAGAAAGAUACAUCUUUUUGACAUUGAUAUUCCUGGUAAAAUAACCUUUAAGGAAUCACAGACGCUUACAGCAGGAGACACUCCAACUGUUGUGGAUACAGAGGUUGGCCGAAUUGGUGUAGGGAUCUGCUAUGACAUUCGCUUUCAGGAAUUGGCCACGCUAUAUGCAGCAAGAGGUGCUCACCUGAUCUGCUAUCCUGGGGCAUUCAACAUGACUACAGGACCACUGCAUUGGGAGUUACUGCAAAGGGCAAGGGCAGUUGAUAAUCAGCUAUAUGUUGCAACAUGUUCGCCUGCUCGAGAUCCUGGCGGUGGAUAUGUGGCCUGGGGACAUUCCACACUAAUUGGACCAUUUGGAGAAGUGCUGGCUACAACUGAACAUGACGAGGCAAUAAUCAUCUCAGAGAUUGACUAUUCACAAAUUGAGCUGAGGAGGACAAACCUUCCAUUAGAGAAGCAAAGGCGAGGUGAUCUUUACCGGUUGGUAGAUGUACAGAGGUCGAGUUCUCAAUAAUGCUAGUUAUGUAAAGAGUGUAACGCUAGGACUGAGGUGGAAUUCUCAAAACUCAAGGUCCAUUCGAUGGAAACUCAGAUCAGAUCCAGAAAAUAUGAGGAUUGUUAAUUCUUCGAUUGUGGCUGAUGCUCAGCGUCCUUAAUUUAACCUUCCAAGUUCAGGUUUACAAACUGCAAGGAUGAAAUGCCUAUACGUGAAUGACAGUAUGUUCAAUAAGGGAAUACUGCUACAACUGUUCAUGUAUUAUCUAUUACACUGGUGAUUGUUCUGUUUACUGUUUGAAUAUAA